UCGAGAAAGAAUGACAUACUGGCUGAUCAUUCAACUACUUCGGUAUUGAUACGCAUGAAAUCUGAUUGCAGAUAUGUGAGACCCAAAUUUACCUCCAAAGUUUGCCUUUCAUUUGAAAAUUUGUUCCAUUUAAGAUUGGGUGUUAGCAUGCCAACUGACAUCAUUACUUCACAAGCUGAGAACUCUAGAAUGUCGAGAAAAUACACUUUGACAUGUGCCCUUGUUAAUAACCAUCAUGAACUGUGGAAUGGUUUUACUGAAGAUCAUAUUAAUAAUAAGGAGGCCCAUGCAGAAGUAGAG